AUGGAGAAUAUUCUUCUUUGUAAAGCUGGAAUACAGCAUUGUCUUGGUGGUCGGGCAGCGCAAAGAAGACUGACUGACAGGAGGACCAGCAACUUUGAGGUUGUGAGUAACAAUGUUGCUAGUCCUCAGCUUUGGUCAAAUCUAAUCAGAAAGUCUCUUGCUUCCAUAGCAAUCAAAUGCUAUAUGAACUACCACAAUUUGGUGAGUUUAUUGACUUGUCUCUGGGACCAGAACAGCACAGGUAUGGAACAAGAAAUCAUUGAGGUGGUCUGCAUCACUAAGAUGUGGAAGGACAAUGUGAUGUACAGAGUCCGGACUUCUUUUGACAGCAGACAUGUUCAAGCCAACGACCUUGUUGUGCUCAAACACCCGGAGGAGUACGGAUAUGUUAUAAAGUUCUUCUCUCAUUCUGUCUUGGGAGAGACUAGGCUCUUUGUUGUAGUUGAUUGCUUGCAAGACGUAUGGAUAUACAACGAGUUGCUCUUCUCUGUUUGGGAAAGCCAAACAAUUGGUGAGAUGAAGGUGGUUGAGGUUAAGUCCAUCAGGGGGAUGGCUGGUCUAGUCCAUGAUAUUAAUGAUACAACUAUUCGACAUGUGGUGUGGACUUCUCCACGUCACUACCAGUAG